AUGCCAGUCGGCUCGAUCAAGUUCAUCAUCGCUGCACUGGAGUUGGAGUAUGUGUUUGUUGUGAGUUCUGAUGUCACAGAUAUCUUCAUUGUUUCUGUGUGUGUUUGUAGAUUACGUGACUGUAAGGUGACAGAUGAAGGCUGUGGUUAUCUGGCUUCAGCUCUGCGUUCAAACACCUCACACCUGAGAGAGCUGGAUCUGAGCAGAAAUAACCUGGGAGAAUCAGGAGUCAAGAUCAUCUCUGAUCUACUGAAGGAUCCAAACUGCUCACUGAACACACUCGAAUUAUCUGGCUGUGGGGUGACAGAUGAAGGCUGUGGUUAUCUGGCUUCAGCUCUGCGUUCAAACACCUCACACCUGAGAGAGCUGGAUCUGAGCAGCAAUAACCUGGGAGAAUCAGGAGUCAAGAUAAUCUCUGGUGGACUGAAGGAUCCAAACUGCACACUGAACACACUCAAAUUAUGUCUCUGUAAGGUGCCAGAUGAGGGCUGUGGUUAUCUGGCUUCAGCUCUGCGUUCAAACCCCUCACACCUGAGAGAGCUGGAUCUGGGCUGGAAUCACCUGGGAGAAUCAGGACUCGAGAUGUUCUCUGAUAUACUGAAGGAUCCAAACUGUGCACUGAACAAACUCGAGUGUGCAGCGGUGGGUAGUAAUAAAACACAGGUAUAUAUAAACCUGGAUCCAAAAAUAGCAGACACUUGUCUCAUUCUCUCUGAGGAGAACAGAAAUAUGACGCUCAUGUUUGAGGAAUCAGCCGUAUCCUGA